AUGGCAAAGGCAGACGUAGAAAUGAAAGAAGAACCUAAACAGAACGAUUCAGCAGAAUCAGAAGAACCGAAAGCGGAGGUCUCGAAGGAAGAAAAAGAGAGACUCGUUUUGGAAGGUAAGUUUUAACGCUGUGUCCAGAUGUCCGGCAGCCGGACAGGUUUUUGAAGUUACUCCGUGUUCAGCAGCCGGACAGGUUUUUGAAAUGACGCCGUGCCCGCUGGUCGAAUUUAUAACAGUACAGAAGUAAUUUUAAAAUACCGAAAAGGACCCUCUCGUAUGGGCAUUUCUGCGGCCAUUUCAAAUCAGUGGAAAACGUACGACAGCCUGUUGAAUAACCGUUAUUCUUUAAUGUUAGGGUAGGACUUGAGGAUUUUAUAAGGGUUAGUUAAGGAUUAUAAACUUUUAAGAUAAUUUUGCAGAUGAGAAAUUAAAUUUUCGUAGUUGUAAAAGAGAGAGAGUCGACGUGUAGUCAACAGCGAUAAAAUUUACAUUUAGUCGUUUGAUUUGAUGUGCAAUUGUCUUCAUGUAUUUCUUUUUAUAGAUCUCAAAGAUCAGGUUAAGUACAUAGAAAAGUCAGUGUCAUCCAAGGAACCACGGUUUCUAACCCGUGUUCUAAGAGCCAUUCCAGCAACAAGGAAGAAGCUUACUCACCCAAUUCUCAGAAAGCUUAUUUGUGGCUUUUUUCCCAAUUGUAAGUAAAGAAGAACAGCUGCAGCCUACUUGAGGCUUUCUUUUACCGAUUGUGAUUAGAGAAAAACAGUUGAUUUAUAUCACAAACUAAAAUUUAGGACCUGUACCUAAAUACAGAGAUCCAGACAGAGCUUAUUUAGUAACAUUGAUUUAUUUUUCUUGGAAUUCUCUAAAGAUUAUCUUUUUUACAGCAUCAGUUGCAAGAGAUGGCUUGUUGGCUUUUCUUGAUGAGGUUAGUUGUUUUUUCCCAAAAGUUUUUAUGAUGCAUUUAUAAAUGACUGUGAAUCUUGGUUUUAGAUUUUGAAAUUAAUGUAUGAGACUCAUAAGGCAAGUUAUUAAAACAAAGUUUAGCCACUGUUCAAUAAAACCAUAUUCUUGAAUUUAGCUGAAUCAUUAAGGAACAUUAAUUUUUGUGAACAGUAUCAAAGGGUGCAGAGAGCUAGCAGUGGAGGGACAUUCAUUUAAUGAAAGCAACUAUCUUAUAGAGAAUACGUUAGCUCCACUCCUUGCAUAAAUCAAUGAUUAAGGUUUGACCUCAUGUGUGUAACUGGCCCAGAGGGUCUUUAUUGUUUUUGUUGACUGUAACAACUUGAUAACAGUGGCAGUAUUAUUAACAGGUGCCAGCUAAAUCUAAGAAUGCUAUCAUCUUUGAAGUUAGAUUUCAGAUUUCUUUAUUAGCUUAUGUUGAUUAUCAAACCUUUAUUUGUAUAAUUUCAAGUUUAUGAAACAUCCCUUUACUAACUGAGUUUGUGGUCUGUAUUGUAAAUUACAGACCAAGUUUUUCUGCUCUGAUCUUUGUUCUUGUUAUUUGAGAUGCAGGGUCAAAAAAGCUUCACAAAUUCUUUCAGAGUUGUUUGUUUCAAAUUUGUUUGUUUGUUUGUUUGUUUGUUUGUUUGCGAACCAUUUUUCUUUCCUUGAUGGGCUGAGGAGAUCACUGAUCUGUGUGGGAAUGUGAAAAUGACCAUAGACAUCAGUACAGGGCACAAAAUUUAAAAAAAGACCUUCUGCUUCCAAUUUUUGGGUUUGUGGCCCAGAAGUCUGUAAUAAGUUGUUGUACCAUAAUUCCAUUCCAUCCUGAUCAAGUUAGACCUUAUGGAGCUCUAAUAAAAACUGUGUAAUGCAAAGAAUAAUCAAUUAUGAAAAUAAUGGAAAUUUAAGACCUAAAAGUGACAGAAUUAGCUUUGGAGUAAUGACAAAUGCGACUCUUAAAAGCAACAAGGACUAUACAAGACUCUACAGCAUAACAGAUCAAGGCUUUGGAAAAUGGGAUGGAAUGGAAACUGUUACAACUUACUACAGUCUUAUACACAAGCCCACAAAUAUUUGAAACAAUAGAUUUUUGUUAAUAUUUUGUACGUUUGGGAAUGCCUAUGCUCAUUUUCACAUUCCCACACAGAUCAAUGAUCUCCUUGGCCCAUCAGGGAGAGAGAAUAGGUUUGGCAACAUACAGUUUUCAAAGAAUUUGCAAGGCUUUUUUGGCUCUGCAUCUUGCACAACAACAGCAAAGAUUGAGACUGUGUGAAACAUGCCCCAUGGGGGAUCUGGUGAAGGUUGUUAAAUCCCAGCAUUCAUUUAGGCACAGUAUUAGCAAAGUUGAACACUUAAACAAGCUUUGGAAUUUGGUGUACUAUAAAAUGAAAUAUGUCCCACUAAAUUGAGCAAUCAUGGCAAACAUACUAACUGAGAGAUAUAUCACAAUAAUUUCUAUGUGUUAGAGUACCAGCAGUGGUACUACAGAAUCAUUUUAGUGUGUUAAGUUAUAGAUCUUGCUUUUGUGUUUUUAGCCAAUGGAAUCAGAACCUGGAGUACCAUUCAGACCACGUAGUGCUCGGUUGAUAGCCGCUGCAGCAUUACCUGAAGUUGAAUUUUAUUUUCACCUGUUGGUUUUGAUUCAUCUUAUUGAUACAGAGUGUUACAAGGAGGUAAGACUCCUCAAGUAAUUACAAAUCUUGAUUCAAUUUAAAUUAAUUUAAACAUUUUCCUAUGCUAAGAGAGUACCGUUAAAAAGUAUUUUCACAGUCUUUUGAGACUCAAUUGAUGUUUCUCCAGAACUAUGAGGAUCAAGGCUGUGAAACAAAGGACCUUUUUCCUGUUUAAUUUUUCACAGUGCUAAAAGCUCCCUAGGUUUAUGUCAAUUUAAUGGGCUAAGAAAUGUACUUUUAUAUUACUUCACACCUGAUAGAAGUUUCUCUCUUCAAAUGUAAUAUUUAUUGGCUGCAGAUAAGUAUUAAAAAUUGUAUGUUACUUUGGUACUUCUCACAAAUAUUACUAGUUUUAACCUUAGUCUUUUUAUUAUUAUUCUCAUAUUUAGAUAUGCUGAGUUUUAUUGUUGUCAUAAUGAUGGCUUGAUGUUCUGGGAGCUUUUUUCAAGGGCUUUCCUUGUCAGCUGACUUUGCAUCAUGAUUAAUACUUAUGAGAGGGUCAGAAAACACACAUAACCACCCCUCAGAAGGUUACAGAAAUUCUGAAUAGGGGGAAAAGGGAUGCCUAAAAAUGAAUGCGUUAUCUGUGAGAUGAUUAAGGAUAAUUUGAGUUAUUUCACUCAAACAUGUGACAACAAUUGAAGGACCAGGUGGAAGAUUGAGUUAAAUAUCAAGGCUUUUUUCUGUAAAUAUAAAGCAUUGUGAAGGAUGUCACAGUAGAAAAACCUUCCAUAGGAGAGAGCUAGAUAUCUUGUUAACCACUCAAAAAAUUUUUUUUGCAUGACUGUUUCAGGCUGUUAAAUGUUCAGAACUGCUGAUGCAGCGAUCUUUAGGACACAACAGAAGGACAUUGGACCCCCUUCUUGCCAAGUGUUAUUUCUAUCAUUCUCGUGCUUAUGAACUGGUUGACAGACUACAAGAAAUCAGAAGGUACAUAUGCAGAAGUUGCAGCUUAAAAAAUGUGCAGGGUUUAAUUUUUACAAAUUUUUCUGUAGUCAUGCUGCAAAAAUAAGUCCCACCAAAAAAAAAUUCCAUAAAUUGAAAUGCCACAAAAAAUUAAUGGUGAUCAGUCAAAUGAAAACUUUGCUUGUGAAUCAAGUGUUAAUUGGUGUUCUUUGUAUUUGGACUCAGGCCUCCAGGGAAGCACAUUUACUCAGAGCAUAUGCACUGCCUGUACGCAUAUUUACAGCUUUACCUUUUGAACAGAAGAAUCUUACAAAUACAGUAAAAUUCAAAUUUAUGUACAAAUUUACUUUGGGUAACAACAUAUGUGUUGGUCCAGAGUUAACCUGUUCUUUUUUUUCUUUUUUUCCUGUCCCAGCUUUCUACUAGCAAGAUUGAGGACAGCUACUUUAAGGCAUGAUGAUGAAGGACAAGUGAGUACUCUUCAUUAUAUAAACAACAGAUGUGGAACUGUCUCAGCAGUGUGCACUAUUUCAGAGAGCCUUUACCACAAAAAUGCUGAUAGUAGGUUUACUGUGGGUUUUAAACUUGUUAACUCCAAGAAGUGAUGGAUAUUUAACUUCUCCCUAUAAUAUCCAAGCAUUAUCCAGCAAACAGGUAAUGAGAAUACCCAAACUCAUUAGUCAUAAGAUAGAGGGGAGAAUUAACAAUCAGAUCUUUGCAUUGGGUCAGCUGGGAGGUAAUCAGAAAGUUUGUUUACUAUACAGAAAAAUGUUGACCUUUUUCUGGAGCUUAUAAUUCAUUAUCUUUCCAGGCCAUUCUUUUGAAUCUCCUCUUAAGAAACUAUCUUCAGCUGAACUUGUAUGAUCAGGUAAGAAGUAGAGCAACCUGAUAAAAAACUCCAUUAAACAUUCAUGAUACUAGAAAGAACACUGCAGCAUUGCAAUCCAAUUGGUUUUUUGUCUGCUAAAUUUGUCAGCUUUUGUCCUCCUUUGUCAGAGCUUCAUCAAAUUGUGCUAAGUAACCACAACAAGUUUAUUAAAUGGUCCUCCAAGCUAGUGGGGAAGAUACCAAUUGAAGCAGAUACAAUAAACAUCUCUCUCUUCAGAUUAACAUGAGGAUCCCCUUUACUUUUUGUAUGAAGCAUGAUCAGGCUUUUUUUUUUUUUCUUUGUGUGAAUCAUCUCUGUGGUUAGGUCUUGACCAGGGUUUUGACAAGAGAUGGACUCCAGAUGGAUCAACAAAAGUCAAAAACAGACCAGUAAUGAUUCUUGAAAAAAUGAGAUAAGACAUCAUGUCAUCUUUUGUAGCAUAAGACUGGUCAAGACUAGAAAAAGUGAAUUAUUAAUUCAAUGUUAUUGUCUUUAAUUUUGUGUGAAGAGAAACAAGUUUUUGGUAUUUUUUCGUGACGCAUGAAAAGGUCCAAUAUUUUUUCAAUGCAACAGAGUUUUUCAAAGGGGUAUAGGGGACCCUCUAACAUUCCAUUCCCAUCCACAUGUAAAAGAGUCAACUUUUCAAUUGUUUAGGCUGAGAAGUUAGUGUCCAAGUCAUCAUUUCCAGAGACAGCCAGCACAAAUGAAUGGGCAAGAUUUCUGUACUACACUGGUUGGUGAAGUGUACACAUGUGCAAAUUUAUUAAUUUUGUAAAUACAUUUUUCCUUGUAAGCUAGUGUGAAAGGUAACAAUGAUGAUUAGAUAACUUUAACAGGGCAUGAAAUUAAAUUUUUUUUUCUGAUAGCCACUUGGCUCCUAAAUUCUUCAAAGUGUUAGCCAAUUAAAAAAAAGUUGGUCACCAUUUUCAAAGACAAACAAAAGCUUUUUUUUACACUGUCAGCGUUCUAGAUAGACCCUCCAAAAUUAAGCUAGGGAAAACAUCUUUCACGUUCUACAAAGUGGACACUAGGAUGGAUGAUAUACAAUGAUCAAGCUAACCCAAUGGCUUCUAGUUAUCGAUCGAGAUGCAGGUGUUGCGUUUUGGAAACAAACUUGACAAGGAAGUUUGCCGCGGAUUUAUCUUUACAAAUCUUUUAACACACUAUAUCUCUUGGUUAGGUUAUGAUGAAACAUUCCAGGAUUUGGUCGCAAAAGUGAAAAAUUUAGUCGCAUUAGUGCCUGUAUUAGGCACAAUUUCACACCCUGUUUUAUGUUGGUUCUCUGACACUUUCCUUUUUCCUUGAACCCUAGGCAUUAUCAAAGCUAUUCAACUUGACUACUCAGAGGCUCACAAAAAUCUUCUGCAGGCCAUAAGGAAAGCUCCACAGCAAGCUGCUAUUGGAUUCAAGCAAACUGUGAGUAGAUUGAACCAAUGGCAAACAAAUUUUUUUUUAUUUUUUAAUAUGGUUAUUAUCAUUGCAAUAGAGUUACUUAUAGAAACUUAUUUUAUGGUAUGAAAAUGAAGGCAGAUGCUAUAUUGGGACCUGCAGUUACUGAGUGACAAAACAAUAGAGACACUGAGGACAGCACACUGAUGUCUUCAGUUGCCAAGUGUUGUAAUCCUAUAUCUGUUAAAGUCCUUGGUUGCCAACUUUGUGUCAAUUUUGUGUUUUGAGCAAAAAAAUACCAAUGUUACUUUUUUAAAAUAAAUAUUGAACUUUAAAUUAUUUUUCCAAAAUCUAAUUGUUGUGUGAGACCUGCCUCAUUUCCUGUCUGUGCAAGAGGUCUUAGUUUGCUGGUACCUGGUAGUCCUCAUGUAACAAUGAAUUUUUUCAUGUAGGCACACAAAUUUGCUAUUGUUGUUCAACUGCUUCUUGGUGAAAUACCUGAUAGAGCCACUUUUAGAGAACCAUUUCUGAGAAAAACUCUUGUUCCUUACUUUCAACUUACACAAGGUGAGUAUGCCCUGUCGAUAUGAUAUAAUAUGAUGUGAUAUGGUAUUGAUAAUAAAGCACUGAGCAUGUAUGUGAAGUAGUGAUUUUAAGUCUUGGGAUCAUUGAGGGCAGGUAUUGAAGCUUUUGUUGUACUCAAGCAUAAUAGUCAAGAUAUAGUUGUGUUCACAACUAGUACCUUUGGUGUGAUAACAGAAGUUCUCUUUCCGUUCUUUCAUCCUUUACUUCUCUCUUUACUUCACUCUUUCCCUCUAUGUCAGAGGGUCACACGCCACAAGGUUUGGAUUGAUAUUUAGAAUUCGAGCCCUUAAAAUGCUUCUUUGGUUUUCUUUUUGGGGUCAGAGUUGGUUCCUUAGGUGCUCUGUAAACAUUCUUGAGAGCAAACUUGCCUGAAUUUAUCAUACCUCAUGAGGCUCUAGAAACUUAAGCAAGUUUAUAUAAGUUUCUCUUUGUAGAAUUAAACAAUUAUCUGCCUCAGGCUCUGUGAAUAUUGUUAAAUAAUCCCCAAGAGUAGGGAAUUAUUCAUCAAUAUUCACAGAACCUGAGGCAAGUAAUUCUAGUAUAAUUGCUCUGGUACUUUAAUUUCUGUUGGAAAUCCAUUUUGUUGUUGAAACCAUUCUGUCAUAAUUAUUUUGAUUCCACAUAUCAAGAUGAGCAGCUGGUUUUAACUAAAAUUUAACAGGUUUAUUUAAUUCAGCAGGCAAAAACUUUAUAUCUUUCUUUUGAAAAGGGUAACAUCAAACUGAAUAGCACCUUUUGUGCUCUUCAGAAUUUUGUUUUUUCCCUAUUGUGUUAAUAACUUCCAGCACAGUCAUUUUGUAAUUUAGCACCCUUGCUAUAAUCACCCCAGGAGAGGUGAUUAUAACAAGAUAUGAUACAAUCCUUGGCCAAUCAGAGUGCACACAUUUCUAUAAUCACUGUAGCAAUAAUACUAAAACAUCUUAGACAAGCCAGGAUCCUGACUGCAUUAUGUUAAAUUAGUUGUCUCCCCUUGUCAGAGUGUAUGAAGUGACUAGCUCAUGAGGUACACUUUGGGUGGGGAGAAAAAAUGAUUAUUGCUUUCCAUGAUGAGCAGGCAGGAGAUUGUUUCUGUGAUUGCCUUUUUGAUGGAUAACAAUACAUUUAUCUCAGUUAAUUCAAUAAAUGAAAGGUGUUAGGAGCAACAAGUGUAAGAUUGUCUCUCUAAUUUAUAAGCAAAUGCUGUAGUUUGCCCAAGACUUGCAAGGGUAAUUGAGAAGUUUAUCAAUAGUAACUCUGGGCUUCAUUCCAGGGUGCUGCUACAACUGCAGCAUAAAUGUAGCAUGUUAUGGUAGCUGAAAGUGUUGUCAUAUCUUUCAUCCUGAGUGUAAAAUUUCUCUCACCAAACUAUAAGAAAACAUUAACCCAAGUACCUCCUGCUGCUCUCCAACUCCUUAGUAUGAUUAUUAUUUUUAUUUUGUUAACAGCUGUACUGAAUGGAGAUUUGAAGCUCUUUAAUCAAGUUGUGGACAAGUUUAAAGAAAAGUUUCUGUCAGAGAAAACUUACACCCUAAUCAUAAGGUCUGUUUUUUGUUACAUUGUAUCUCAGGUUUUUAUCUGUGGUAACUACAAGCAUUUGUUGCUAUGGAAACUAUCAAUCACAACUUAAUUUUUUUCAUGAAUGGUUUUAUCAAUAGGUUGCGGCACAAUGUGAUCAAGGCAGGGGUGCGAAUGAUAAACCUAUCAUAUUCACGCAUUUCCCUGACUGACAUUGCACAGAAACUGCAGUUGGAUAGCCCUGAAGAUGCUGAAUUUAUUGUUGCCAAGGUAAUUGUAAUUUGUUUGAUUUUCUUCUUAAAAGUGUUUGUAACACUUUGUCAUAAAGCUGUUCUUGUUCUGUUCAUGUUAGUGACCUUCUGUAUCCUUGUUUACUUUGAAAUAAGUACUCACAUAAAUUGGCAGCCAGAAACAGCUACCGGUAUGUUGGCUUUGUUAGGACAUGUCAGCAUGUUAGAGCUAAUGUGACUGCUCAGAGUUCCCACAAAGAAAGGUGUAAAGAUAUCAGCAUGACAUCAACAUAUAUGUAACCAUGGGAAAAAAAGGAUGAAAUUGCUUUAGUACUUAUCUUUGGAAUUGCUGACUCUUAGUUAAAGCUGUCAUCAUUUAAAAAUAAGGCACAAGAAGUUAAAAAAUGAAUACACAAUGUUCUCUUGGCAGGCAAUUCGUGAUGGCGUAAUUGAUGCCACAAUAGAUCACGAGAAAGGCCAUGUUCAGUCUAAGGUAAGGUGUAUUCAUUUGCUGAGAAUAAAAUGAGUAACUUUUAACUCCUCACCAUUGUAUCUUUGUAUCUUUCAACGUUCUUAUUUCGUGAUAUACAAGUUACUUCCAAGAAGAGCUACAACAAGUGGGGUUCAUUUUUAAUCAACGUACUGUAACUAUGGUAUUAGGGUAUUUCAUGAUAUAUGUAAAUUGUCUUUACAGGAAAAUGUGGACAUCUACUCUACUAAUGAACCACAAGGAGCUUUUCAUCAGAGAGUUAGUUUCUGUUUGGAUCUUUACAAUCAGUCUGUCAAGGUAAGCAGUCAAUGUAUACUUAACCAAUAAUAUAAUCAGCCCGUUGGUGAUACGAGAGCUUUUUGAUAGGAUUUGGACAUUCCCACGUGCCUGUUAAUGAUUGUAUUCCUUACAUGAGGAUUGAUAUUGAACGUGUAACUUCAAUCACGUUCUCUGUUUCUAGCCAAGGCCCACAAUUUUGACAUAUAGCGACAUAAAAAAAAUCAUUGCAUUUUUGAGCCCACCUCAAUCAAUUUUCUGAAACAUUCAAGAUCGUCCCCGUGCUCACCAUAAUAAAACCCUGGAGAUUUUUAGCUUAUUGCUCUGUAAAUUUGUAAGAAUGCUUCUACAGAACAGUAAUCACCUCCACAUUUUACUGGUAUAAAUUAAUAUUGCCUCUGAUAGUUAACAUUGUUGUAUUUGUUACUUUGUCAAGAGAUAUUUCUUUACUUCUACCAUCAAUGUAGGCCAUGCGAUUUCCACCAAAGUCUUAUAGCAAGAAUUUGGAAUCACUCGAGGUAUUGCUUGCAUUUUUUAAUUUCUUCUUGUAAGAAUGAUAGUUAAUAUCUGAGUAAAUAACGGAAAGACUGUCAUGGAAAGGGAGAUACUUGUUCUCUGAGAACUUAAAAUACAUUGUUUUCAACUUAGCGUCUCUAUUCCUUCGUUAGGAGCAACGGGAAAGAGAAAAGCAAGAUCUUGAACUUGCCAAGGAAAUGGCUGAAGAUGAUGACGAUUUUCCCUGAUUUUCCCGAUGAGCUAUUGUCUGUAACCCAUGUGGUGGUACUUUGAAGCCAAUAAAUGCAU